UAGACACAGAAGCCCGUUAAGCGAAAGUUUUUUAUAUUCUACCAAGGACUAUUUUGAACCAUUUGACUAUUAUCUUUGUAAGCAAUUCUAAAGCGCUAAAAAUUAAAUAAGAAGGUCAUCAGCUAUAAGCGUAUUUAGCUAUGAGAAAUGAUUUUUUGGAUAAUACCAAUUUUGUGGGUGACUGCGUAUGUGUAUUUUUAUAUCAAAGCCAAGUGUGAUGAUCCAGCAAUGACUAGGGUUAUGAUUGUCUUAGGAUCUGGUGGACACACUGCUGAAAUGCUCUCAUAUACUUCUGUAUUGACUUGUAAAUUUCAACCACGUUUGUAUGUUAUCGCGACGACUGAUUCUAUGAGUGAACAAAAGGUUUUGGAUUUAGGGGACAAGUGUGAUAUUAAAUUCAGCAUAAAGCGCAUACCAAGGGCUCGAGAAGUAAAACAGUCAUACGCUAGCAGCAUCUUCAGUACCUUAGUGUCUUGUCUAUCUGCGUUCCCCAUCGUCACAAUUUUUAGGGCGAAAUUGGUGAGUUACAGAAACCUUUAUUAACAUUUACACAUAAUGGUCGAUGUAAACUAAUAUUUUAACUGAGUGCUAGGGCUAGAUCCUUCUUAAAACUGGAGUAACGUAUUCAUUGGCAUAACUAUUUGUUGCCGGAAUGGAUCGGAACUUUUCAAGUUCCUAGGUCAUUGAUUUGCCAUGAGUAGCUGCAAUGCUUACCGCGUUUAGCGUAAACCCGUGUGCUUUUGCCGGAACGCACCUUUAAUCAUUGCCUAAAGUGUAGUGUUGUAAUUAAUGCCACAUUUAUUUACUUCAUAUCUCGCAAAUUUACGACUUUUUGUGGAAUACCUAUAUUACAAACAACAUUUAUUAGUUACUUCACCUUAAAUAUAAUGGUGCUCAAGAAAUGGUUUGACCUUGUUCCCAAAUCAAGACACAAAAAUUCUGGAAAGACAAGUAUAAACACCCAAUAAAGUUAUUGAUUUUCUAUGAAGCAUAAAUUUUUGUAGGGACUUUUAGUUGAUACCUAAUUGUACUUUAUUCUAGUGUUUGUAUACGAUCAAAAACAGUUUUUCGUGCUGUAAGUGACUAAGACUACUGUCUUAUAGUCAAGGGGAAUGCAUAAACUCCUUUCAAGUUUAGGGUUGAUAUAAAUUGUUUAGGAGCUCGAAGUAUGUAGACUGUCGCAUCCCUUCUACUUUUAACAGUUUUAUUCUCCUUCAUAAAUUUUCAGUAACCAGAUGUAAAUGUUUAUCAUCGUAAUUUUAUUGACGGGAUUCCCCAGUAUUAAUAUUCCAGCCAACACUAUGUGGAGUCUUUUUUACUAGCUCAAUAUUGUCCUCAGCUCAAAUAAAGAAACUCCGCUAUAUGUGUAGUAGGUUAAAAAAAUGUGACUACUAAAUGUUUCUUCGGCAACGUUCGACACUUGGUUUUCUACAUUUUAUUCGUUCAGUAAAAAGACAAUUGUAUCCAGCUAAUUAAGAAGACAAGAAUAAAUAAUGCAAUUGGAGUUUUGAGUGUGCUUAACAAAUCUCAGUCACCUUGCUCUGUUGUCUCACCAUAAUCAAGCAACGACUUAAAGAUAGAUGUGAUCGAUUGCUGACAACCUAUAUAUCAGAUUUAGAGGGAAGCCAUAUUACUAUGGACAAUCUUGCAUGCAUUCAUCAAUGAGUAAUACGUAAUCCAUUUUCCGAUUUUAUAAACUGUUGAUAUCAGUUAAUAGGUACAGUCAGAUAUAACUCACUGUCAUAAAAUUUUGUUAUUAGUUCUUUCGUACUGUUCUGCCUUUUGUUUACUGAUUCUGGUGUGCGAAGACCUCUAGGAACAAAUUUUUUAGCCAACUCAGUCAAGUAGAUCACAAAAGUGAAUUGGGCCGCUAAUUUAAGCUAACUGCUGUGAUUAAAUAGGUACUAGUUGAUUAAAUAAAAGUCAUCAUUCGUAAUCUGGACCAAAUCAAACUUCCACACGACUAUAACUUACAAACUGUAGUUGCUCAGUGCGAUCAAUUAUCCUUAUUAUGACAAUACAUGGAUAGUUACUGCAUAGAUCAACAAAAAAGUAUGUGACUAAAUUGUAUUUUUUCUACGGGACACUUCAGUUCCUGAUGAUAUUUUUUAUUUAUUUAUUCAUUUUGAGAUUUAAAAACUGUUAUAAUCCUUGUAAACUUAAUAUAUUUAAGCUCAUAUAUACUCUUCAAACUGGUACUUCCCGUUGUAUAUGCUUUUAUUGUUCAUAAGAUUGUUAUCAACUCAUUUAUGUACUCAAUCCUUAAUACAAUCUGCAUUUCACGUAGAUUUUGUGUAAUGGUCCUGGGACAUGUAUCCCCAUAUGCUUCGUGGCUAUUUUACUCCACGUAAGAUAAAUAUAAUGAUUUAAUAUAUUAUCACUUAAUAAUUGUGACACAUCUUAAUGAAAGUCAUAUUUCAUGUUUCUGAUUGCCGUAUUAUAUCGAGUACUUGAACUUACUUUCCAUCUAUGUACUUUAUGUUUUUAUAUUAAAUCAAAAAGACUUGACUAUUACAAGUUACUUUGAAUCGCUUUAACGAUUGUCUAUAACAUGCACUUGUUAUUUCUUGGAUCUCUACGUUGUUGUGGUGGUGUUGAUAACUACUGUAGAUGACUCUGAGUAUCUUACAGAAAUACCCGUAUCACGCGGAUCUGGUCAUCUUGGUAACCAGCUUUUAACAAUCCUCAUAGCUCUGUUAUAAGUUGCCUCCAAAUGCUGUGGUGCGACCAAGGGUGGGGAGAGUCAGUUCUCCAUCUCAAAAUGCUCUCAUAUGACCAAGCGUAUACAGCUACUGCCAGGGAAGUCCUACUCACUGCCUUCUCACGGUGAGGUUGUUGCUUACGAAAUCGAGCGGACGAAAAACCUGGUUGAUAGGUACGUAGAAUCCACCUAGGGGAGUUGGAAAACCCUGAUCCCAAACCACUGGUGCACAUGGGUUCCAGGAUCCUGAGAGAAUAAGGGGUAUUCGAACCUAAUGUCGGUCAUCGGCUCCCAUGGGACUUCAUCUCCUAACUUUGCUCCACUGCCCUGUGGAUUGGACCUCUAGGUGAAAGGCUCAGGAAGUGGCCCCCUAAAAACCCAUCUGCUUCGGUUUGGGUACAUGGGCAGUAUUCCAGCUCUUACACAAAUCGACUAACAAAAUGUGGCUCAUAUAUGUUUGGUGUCUCCUUGUACCAAUGUUUAUGUGUUUAAAUAAAUGAAUAAACUGUCAGGAGUUCGGCCAUUCGAAAUAAUGGAGCUUAAUCAAGUGAUAAAAUAGUCCCAGGCAGUUGGCAAGAUGUUAUUGUGUAAAACUUAAUCAUUCAAGAAUAACAAGUCUCUACUCUUCUGAAAUAAUAAGAAAUAUUUAGGUUUUACCAAGUAUUUUAUAAAACUCAGUUAACUAGUACAAUGUGUUUGUUCGUGUGCACUUUAAUUGCUUUUAAUGUUGGCAUGUCAUCCUUUUAGCAAAGGAUGUGGUCCGUAAGCGGAGGACCUUCUGCGCUCUUGUGUCCCUGAUUUUUGCACUUUCAUCCUACUGUAAAAAGUCUUAAAAUCGAGACUUUACACUGAAUUCAUUCUCGCCCAUAAAAUGUAUGUGAUAAAAAACACUUAAGUAGGUUGUGCAUGAUAUUCAUCUUUUCUGCUUUUUUGAUCAGAAAAGUUUUGGCCUACAUAAAAGGUUCAUAUUCAGUAGGAUUGUUGGUUUAGUUAAAGAGAUUUUGAGAUGCUACUUUCAUUUUUAUUUCUUAGCAAUAAAUUGUUCAUACAUGGAAUAAUGAACUAAGAUCCAACUGGGAAGUCUGAAUUUUCAUACCUUAUUAAAAGCCAAAAUUGUUACUUGAUGGUAUCCAUCCGUCUAAUUUCAUAGACUAUAUACACUGAGUUAUAUUCUGAAAACUGAUUUAGUGAAUCCAGUUAAAUAACCAUACUGCAGUUCAUAAUCCUUAAUCUGAAAUUACAUUUAUUAAAUAUGAUAAGUGUUAUUUAUUUCCUAGUAGUUUUACUUAGGGUGUUUGUCAAACAAAUCUAGAAAUGUGGUAUCACGAAAUACUUAAUCACUUAAAAUUGUAGUACACCAAAAGCACAUAGAAUAAGAUAAAAAACUGGGGAAUACAAUGAUACUAUUUUGUGUUACCGUAGUCAUUACUUCGUUCGUUUUCUUUUUCCUUUGAUAACUUGGUGACUAGUGUCACUUGGUAGAGUAGUGAUGUAUUGACAGGCUUCUCAUGAACCGUCCUAUCCACACUAAUCUAUUAAAGGAACCACCAUAAACUCAGAAUUCCAAACAUCGUUUCAGUUUUUCUCACGUUUAAUAUACUGAUCGUUAAAGGAAACUAAUUUGCUUAUGUGAUUCUUUAUAUAUUGUUUGCUGCUUUUCUCUUUUUGUCAUCAACAGGUACUAAAAAUCCAUUCAACUCUUAUAAUUUUUGUUGAAAGUAUUUGUCGUACCAAAACUUUAUCAUUAUCUGGGAAAAUUUUAUACUAUACUCGUUUAGUAGAUGUAAUUGUUCAGUGGCCAGAAUUGAAGACAAAAUAUCCAAGAUCAAUUUACUUAGGACUUUUAUCGUAAACUACUGCAUCCAAACAUCCUUGUUAUAUGACUUGCAUCCAGAGCACUUUUCUUUUUAUAUUUAUAAUAUGUGUUUUUUGUUCUAUGCGAUCAUCGUUUGAGAUUCGAAAUACAUUUUACAUUUGGUUAAAA